AUGACUGUGGGAUCACGCUCGCUGCAGCCGAUCAGCCCGCCAGUGUACAGCAGCCCGCCAGUCUGCAGCAGCCCGCCAGUCUACACCAGCCCGCCAGUCUACACCAGCCCGCCAGUCUACAGCAGCCCGCCAGUCUACAGCAGCCCGCCAGUCUACAGCAGCCCGCCAGUCUACAGCAGCCCGCCAGUCUACAGCAGCACGCCAGUCUACAGCAGCCCGCCAGUCUACAGCAGCACGCCAGUCUACAGCAGCACGCCAGUCUACAGCAGCCCGCCAGUCUACAGCAGCCCGCCAGUCUACAGCAGCCCGCCAUUCUACAGCAGCCCGCCAGUCUACAGCAGCCCGCCAGUCUACAGCAGCCCGCCAGUCUACAGCAGCCCGCCAGUCUACAGCAGCCCACCAGUGUACAGCAGCCCGCCAUUCUACAGCAGCCCGCCAGUCUACAGCAGCCCGCCAGUCUACAGCAGCACGCCAUUCUACACCAGCCCGCCAGUCUACAGCAGCCCGCCAGUCUACACCAGCCCGCCAGUCUUCAGCAGCACGCCAGUCUACAGCAGCCCGCCAUUCUACAGCAGCCCGCCAUUCUACAGCAGCCCGCCAGUCUACAGCAGCCCGCCAGUCUACAGCAGCCCACCAGUGUACAGCAGCCCGCCAGUCUACAGCAGCCCGCCAGUCUACACCAGCCCGCCAGUCUACAGCAGCCCGCUAUAUCAACAGCAGCCCGCCAGUCUACAGCAGCCCACCAGUCUGCAGCAGCCCGCCAUUCUACAGCAGCCCGCCAUUCUACAGCAGCACGCCAGUGUACAGCAGCCCGCCAUUCUACAGCAGCACGCCAGUGUACAGCAGCCCGCCAGUCUACAGCAGCCCGCUAUAUCAACAGCAGCCCGCCAGUCUACAGCAGCACGCCAGUCUCAGCAGCCCGCCAGUCUACAGCAGCACGGCAGUCUACAGCAGCCUGCCAGUGUACAGCAGCCCGCCAGUAUACAGCAGCACGCCAGUCUACAGCAGCACGCCAGUGUACAGCAGCCCGCCAGUCUACAGCAGCCCGCCAUUCUACAGCAGAAGAACCAUGUCCGCUUCCAUGACCCCACUCGGCAAGGCUUCCAUGACCCCACUCUGCAAGGCUUCCAUGACCCCAAUCUGCAAGGCUUCCAUGACCCCAAUCUGCAAGGCUUCCAUGACCCCACUCUACAAGGCUUCCAUGACCCCAAUCUGCAAGGCUUCCAUGACCCCACUCUGCAAGGCUUCCAUGACCCCACUCUGCAAGGCUUCCAUGACCCCACUCUACAAGGCUUCCAUGACCCCACUCUGCAAGGCUUCCAUGACCCCACUCUGCAAGGCUUCCAUGACCCCACUCUGCAAGGCUUCCAUGACCCCACUCUGCAAGGCUUCCAUGACCCCACUCUGCAAGGCUUCCAUGACCCCACUCUGCAAGGCUUCCAUGACCCCACUCUGCAAGGCUUCCAUGACCCCAAUCUGCAAGGCUUCCAUGACCCCACUCUGCAAGGCUUCCAUGACCCCACUCUGCAAGGCUUCCAUGACCCCAAUCUGCAAGGCUUCCAUGACCCCACUCUGCAAGGCUUCCAUGACCCCAAUCUGCAAGGCUUCCAUGACCCCACUCUGCAAGGCUUCCAUGACCCCAAUCUGCAAGGCUUCCAUGACCCCACAGUUCACUUACAGAACCCUGCCAAUUUCCAAACGGCAGCAACAGAGCUGCUGGACUGGUGUGGUGACCCCCGGGCCUUCCAACGACCCUUUGAGCAGAGCCUGAUGGGAUGUCUAACGGUGGUGAGCCGGGUGGCAGCGCAGCAAGGUUAUGACCUGGACCUGGGGUACAGGGUCCUAGCAGUGUGUGCUGCCAACAGAGACAAGUUCACUCCCAAAUCAGCAGCCUUGUUGUCGUCUUGGUGUGAGGAGCUGGGUCGUCUCCUCCUCCUCCGUCAUCAGAAGAACAGACAGAACGAACCGCCCCAGGGGAAGGUUCCUAUGCAGCUCACCAUGCACUCCAUGAAGCCCAGCCUGUCACACAGUGAUGGGUCUUUUCCCUACGACUCAGUACCAUGGCAACAGAACACCAACCAGCCGCCGGGUUCUCUCUCCGUGGUAACGACCGUCUGGGGUGUUGCCAACACCUCACAGAGUCAGCAAGAGGCUUUCAAUGGUCAAACUAACAACUUUCCUGGGAGUGGAUAUCAGUACAGCCAAGGCAAUAUGAAUGGGCCUCCUCGACCGGUGGGUAACUACCCCCACUCCCCAGUGCCUGGCAACCCGACCCCGCCCAUGACCCCAGGAAGUAGUAUCCCUCCCUACAUGUCUCCCAAUCACGACGUCAAGCCCCCCUUCCCUCCAGACAUCAAACAAAAUAUCACUGCUCUUCCUCCUCCUCCAGCCAACCCCAACGAGGAGCUGCGUCUGACCUUCCCGGUGAGGGACGGGGUGGUCCUAGAGCCCUUCAGACUGGAGCACAACCUGGCCGUCAGUAACCAUGUCUUCCACCUCCGCCCCUCCGUACACCAGACCCUCGUGUGGAGGUCAGAUCUGGAGCUGCAGUUUAAAUGUUACCAUCACGAGGACCGACAAAUGAACACCAACUGGCCCGCCUCUGUGCAGGUCAGUGUUAACGCCACGCCUCUCAACAUCGAGCGCGGCGACAACAAGACGUCCCACAAGCCCCUGCACCUGAAACAAGUCUGCCAACCAGGAAGGAACACCAUCCAGAUCACAGUUACCGCCUGCUGCUGUUCUCACCUGUUUGUACUGCAGCUGGUCCACAGACCCUCUGUCCGCUCCGUCCUGCAAGGCUUACUGAAGAAGAGGCUACUGCCUGCAGAGCACUGCAUCACCAAAGUUAAGAGAAACUUCAGCAGCGUAGCGACGUCCUCUGGGAACACCACUCUGAACGGCGAGGACGGCGUCGAACAGACGGCCAUCAAGGUCUCCCUCAAAUGUCCAAUCACCUUCCGGCGGAUCCAACUUCCCGCCAGAGGUCACGACUGUAAACACGUCCAGUGCUUUGAUUUGGAAUCCUACUUACAGUUGAACUGUGAGCGAGGAACGUGGCGAUGUCCAGUAUGCAAUAAAACAGCAUUAUUAGAGGGACUAGAAGUUGACCAGUACAUGUGGGGGAUUCUAAAUGCCAUCCAAAACUCGGAGUUUGAGGAGGUGACCAUAGACCCUUCGUGUAGUUGGAGACCUGUGGCCAUCAAGUCUGAUAUCCACAUCAAGGAGGAUCCAGAUGGACCCAUGGCCAAGAGGUUCAAGACCAUGAGCCCCACCCAGAUGACCCUGCCCAACGUGAUGGAGAUGAUCGCCCUGCUCGGCCCAGGGCCCUCGCCCUACCCGCCCCAACAGGGGGGCAACAACAGCGAAUACGGAAGCCAUGGUAAUAGUUACCAGGGCCACAGCGGGGGCUUUGACUUCCCCCAUGGGAACCCCGGUGGUACGACCAUGAACGACUUCAUGCACGGCCCCGCUCUGUCCCACCCGCCAGACAUGGCACAGGACAAACCCCUCUCACACAGCAUGCCUGACUCUAUACCUCAUCCUGCCAACACUAACCAGUCCCACAACUUGUUACAGCAGAGCUUACACGCCCCAUCUCACCCCGGCAGCCAAUCGGGACAGCCGUUGCAUCACAGUGGGCCUCCUCAGCCGUCACGACAACAGGCUCCGCCCCCACAGCAACAGCAGCCCGGCCCUAACAAUCAUCCUCAGCAGCACGGCGACCCCUUAGAGGGACUGGGUGGAGGGCUCCCAGAUAUGCCCGAACCUUCCUUGGAUCUCCUUCCGGAGCUGGCUAACCCAGAUGACUUGUUGUCUUACCUGGAUCCUCCAGACCUCCCGAGCAGUAGCAAUGAUGACCUUCUCUCGCUCUUCGAAAACAACUGACUCUGAUUCUAGAUCAGUUCAUAAAAACAAAAACAUUUAUAGGACUGCCUGGAGUUGGACCUAUAACCUCUGACCUGAGACCUGCUCCAGUACUUGACAAACACAAAGAUGCACUCCCUUUCUCCUCUUUCUCUUGUACAGUUUGCAUUGAUUCUCCAGCAGACUGACUGACUGACAGACUGACUGACUGACAGACAGACUGACUGACUGACAGACUGACUGAACAAUGUUUUAAAACUCAAAAAAGACAGAGCAGGACAGGGUAGGGCAGUGAGUGACGCCUGCCUCCCUGCUUGUCUGCCUCCCGCUGCAGCGUCCCUCAUGUGACCAUCGAUGAUACCAGCUAUCUGAUAUUCAGUUCAUUUUGUAUGCCACCAGUGUCUGUGUUCACAUUUUGGAAAGUGUUGAUGCGUUUUUUUAAUUCAUAUUUUGUUUCCUUUUAAAGAGAGAAAAAAAAAGGAAUUCAUUAAAUAUAUAAGGGAGAAAAAAAAUAUUGAAAAACAACAUGUCCUGCACUAUCUGGCCAGUGUGUGUAAUAUCCACGUUCUUAUUUCACCUUAUAAGGCCGUCUCAGCUUCCUGUUGUUCCAAACGUUGUCACAGUUACUGUUCCCGGGACUGGUUACUGCGUAUCACUGUUUGUCUGCCACUGCACAUCAUGUGAAAGCACAAGAUAUAACAACACAUACAUCUCAAAGGGAACAAAAAAAAACACAUUUAAAGUGAAAUAGCUUUUUCUAACACUAUUACCAAAACGUUUCCGAGAAAUUUGAGAUUUUUUGGAAUGUUCAACAGCUCCCACUUUAGUUUCAACAACAACAACAAACAAAAAAACGAAUGAUGUGUGUUUACCAGGGUUUGGGUCAAUUUGAAUCGAAGGCAGUCAAUUCAGGAAGUUAACUAAAAUUCCAAUUAAAUAAUUAAAACAGGGCAUCUAUUUUCAAUGACUUCUCAAUAAGCUGAAAAAGGAAAAGCUAUUUAACUAUGUCAACAUAUCACUUCCUGAAUUGAUUGACUUCAUUUUGAAUUGUCCCCAACCCUGUGGGUUACUAUUUGAGUAUCCUGUCAGGCCGAUAUCAAGCUAGUUAGAUCUCCUAUCUUAUCCGUCUUUCUUCUCUUCAUGCACCGCCUGGUGUUGCUCCUCUUAUCAUUCUCACUUCUCUUCAUGCACUGCCUGGUGUUGCUCCUCUUAUCAUUCUCUCUUAUCUUCUCUUCAUGCACCACCUGGUGUUGCUCCUCUUAUCAUUCUCUCUUAUCUUCUCUUCAUGCACCGCCUGGUGUUGCUCCUCUUAUCAUUCUCUCUUAUCUUCUCUGCAUGCACCGCCUGGUGUUGCUCCUCUUAUCAUUAUCUCUUAUCUUCUCUUCAUGCACCGCCUGGUGUUGCUCCUCUUAUCAUUCUCUCUUAUCUUCUCUUCAUGCACCGCCUGGUGUUGCUCCUGUUAUCAUUCUCUCUUAUCUUCUCUUCAUGCACCGCCUGGUGUUGCUCCUGUUAUCAUUCUCUCUUAUCUUCUCUGCAUGCACCGCCUGGUAUUGCUCCUCUUCCCAUUUUACAGAGCUGCGUCUCUAGCUCUCCCUGUUGAAUUCUGUUAUUAGUAAACAAAGUGCUAGGUGCCAAGCCCUUGUCUGGGGGUGUUCUCCAAGUAGUAAAUAUAGUGUGUGACUGGAAUAGCACACUGUUCCCUGUAUAGUGCACUACUUUUGAGGGUACUAAGGUACCAUUGCUGACAAAUGUAUGGUGUGCUUUUUAAAGUUGCUGUUGCCACCGCUUUCUGUCUUUCUGUGUGUCUUUUAUUUAACAGUAAUAUUCGAAGGGACUGUUAUCCCAGUACACUGAUAUUAUGGGUUGAAAUUGGCUUUUGUUUUGUUUCUAGUAGCUUUUUUGUUGCUGGAAAUGGUGACUUCAUCAAACAUUGUGAAAAUGCUUAUCAUAACCAAAGAGGGAUCGGGAUGCAAGAGAGUGUGUGUGUGUGUGUGUGUGUGUGUGUGUGUGUGUGUGUGUGUGUGUGUGUGUGUGUGCGUGUGCGUGUGCGUGUGUGUGUGUGCUGGUAGUUAAUCUUCAUUUCGAAGAUAUGGAGGAAAACUAGCCGGGAUCACCCGUCAGUCACCACUGUUGAAGUUGUCCGUCUGGGUUUUUUAACGAACGCAGAUCUGGAGCUGAAAGUAUGCCACAUUUGUUUUCAAGUUCACUUUAUGACAAGAGUGCUGUUGAGUAUGCAAAUGUAUUAUUUUUUGAAGAAAAUAUUGUAAAUAUAAUUUGUGAAUAUUUUUGUAUCAUCUUGAUCAUUCUUUGUCCUUUUACAUAAUUAGUCAAAGUCCAACCGAUCUCAUCCUCCCAAAACAAACCCAACACGGACUGUGGUGGAGUCUAAAAUUACACCCUAUUCCCUAUAUAGUAGUGUUGCCAUGGUGCCAGUAUCGCGAUUCUACGAUACCAGAUUUUCCUUUAAAACCUACUUUUGUAAAAUAUUGUGUUACAAGCUUGGAAAAUAAGCACAUGUGACUCUGGGUAACAAGACUGUCUUUUCCGUCAUUAGGACUGGUUUCGUCAAGACAUCGAGUCUCCUUCAUGUUUUGUUUCCUUUCUCUUCCUUACUUCCUAGUAUCGCGACACUGGUAUCAUGACAAAACUACUAUAUACUGUAAACUGCAAUACUUUUGACCAGGGCCCAUAGGGAAACUCAUAGAGCUCUGAUCAAAAAGUAAUGCACGACAUAGGGAAUACAGACUGUCUUCUCUCUCCUCUCAUAGGUGAACCUAUCCCCUCCAAAUGUCUCAUUGUCAGCUAUAUACUGCAGAUAUCUCUCUGUGUGGUGGUCCAUCCACUUUAACAGAUAUCUCUGUGUGGUCCAUGCACUUUAACAGAUCUCUCUGUGUGGUCCAUCCACUUUAACAGAUCUCUCUGUGUGGUCCAUCCACUUUAACAGAUCUCUCUGUGUGUGGUGGUCCAUCCACUUUAACAGAUCUCUCUCUGUGGUCCAUCCACUUUAACAGAUCUCUCUCUCUGUGUGGUCCAUCCACUUUAACAGAUCUCUCUGUGUGGUCCAUCCACUUUAACAGAUCUCUCUUUGUGUGGUGGUCCAUCCACUUUAACAGAUCUCUCUCUGUGUGGUGGUCCUUCCACUUUAACAGAUCUCUCUGUGUGGUGGUCCAUCCACUUUAACAGAUCUCUCUGUGUGGUC